AUGGCAACCGUUUUUCAGAAUUGUGUUCCUGAGACGUUUAGUGACCUCUUCCUCAAUGGCUCUCAAAUCACCUCAGUUCUGGCCAACGUUGUCCAGAAUGCGACCUUUCAGUUUGAUCAAACUCUUCGAUUUGACCAGCCCGAAAUCCCGACGAGCAAUUUUGACUAUUGCAAUGUCACCAUUUCCUACAACCAUGCUGAAGAAAAUAAUACUAUCAUAGUCGAAACAUUGCUUCCAACCGAUAAUUUCAAUCAGCGGCUCAUUGCCGUCGGAGGUGCCGGCUUUGUUGCUGGCCGAGGUCUUCUACAACAGUGGCAGAUGCUAGCAAAUCUGGCAGAAGGCUAUGCAACAGUCACUACCGAUGCUGGGCUGGGAACGUCGAUUAGUGCAGACUCGUGGGCCCUGCUCAGUCCUGGACAUGUAGAUCUCCAGAAGCUGCAGAACCUGGCAUCGGUUUCUCUCAAUGACCUAGCCAUUUUGGCGAAGCAAGUCGUGCAUGCCUAUUCCGGAGCGCCUCCACUCUAUUCGUACUGGAAUGGCUGCUCCCAAGGUGGUCGACAAGGCAUGAUGCUAGCUCAACUUUACCCAGAUGCAUUUGACGGGAUUGCAGCGGGCGCGCCAGCUAUCUACUGGACUGAGACAAUGUUCAAUAUGUACUGGUCCCAGCUGUACAUGUCAAUGAUUGACCAGUACCCAUACGGGUGUGAGCUCAAGGCAAUCACAGCCGCUGCAGUCGCGUACUGCGAUCCGCUUGACGGAGUCGAGGAUGGCAUUGUUGCAGACUCGGAUAUGUGCCUUGAACAUUUCAAUGUAUCCUCCCUGGUCGGAACGACAGUAGAGGACUGCGCACAAACCAACGGCUCUGUAAAAAUAAGCAAGGCAGCCGUCAUGGUAGCACACGCAACCUGGCAAGGCAUUUCUGAUUUGCAAGGAAAUAUCCUCUGGCCAGGCUUUGGCAUCGCUACUGAUAUUGCUAGCGGCACUGCCAGCACUAUUUGCAAUACUACCACAUGCUCGAUGGACGUCUCGGAAUCGUACGGGAUUCCCGCAAACUGGCUCCAACUCUUUGUCGCCAAAGAUCCCGAUUUCAACCUGGCAGACUUGACACUGGACGAAUUCAUUAGCAUGUUUAAUAACAGUAAACGAGAGUAUAGUUCAAUCAUCGAAACUCAGAACCCAGAUUUGUCAGAAUUUUCGCAGCUGGGCGGCAAGUUGAUCAGUUUCCAUGGUCUAUCUGAUCAGGAUAUCACACCCAAAGGUAGUAGAUAUUAUUACCAGCAGGUUAAAUUGGCAACAGAUGGGAUACAAGACUUUUAUCGCCAUUUUGAGGUUCCCGGUCUGGCUCAUUGUUUUGGUGGAACUGGUGGGCAGCCAACAUCUUUAUUCGCCCAGUUGCGCGCUUGGGUGGAAAAUGGUACAGCGCCUGAGACUUCUCCCAUCAGCUUCACGUAUCAGAACGUUACGUAUGAAAAUCUUCUCUACCCGUACGAUGGUGACUUAUGA